AUGCUUCACAACUUGGGCAAAUCUCAGUGCGACAGUUCCAAAGAAAUUUACAGGACCAUGUUGGCAGAUAUCGAGAAGAAACUCGAGUCACUCAAGAACAUAGAACCAGAUAAUAAGGAACUUGUAACCUUAACAGAAAGGCUUGAGACGAUAAAGGGAGGUACGGCUCAGAUCGGUUCCUGCACGGAUUUGGAUUGUCUCGACGAGGCGUCAAAGGUCGAACUGCACAACGCCAAGGUCCGCAAGACUGGCAAAGAGAUUCGCUGCCCAAGUCAAAAGUCGUCGGCCUCCGAUAUGCGAGCCACUGAGGCUCAGAUCAACAAGCCACCGAGGCCUGCGCUGCCUACGUCGCUUGAGAACGUGAACAAUGCCCCCUUGUUCACAUCUCCUCGACGCUCGAUUGAUGAUCGUCUGCGAAAGCACGAGAAUCAACCGAAGAGAACAGGCAUGGGAGCUCUCACCGAAUCUCCUGCUGGCUCGAGAAUUCAAUCGCCUCAUGAAUCCAUUCGGUCAUCGUCACAGCAUGGGCCACGGUUCAGGGCCCACAACCAGUCACCGAAUUGUUCAUCGUCGCAAGCGCCUCUGCAAAGCCAAACCAAUCUGACUCCAAAGUCACAAAUUCCCAGGAGCUCUGCUGCAGCAAAGCCUCGUGACCCUUCUAGCACAAGUCCGAAAGUCACGGGUCCUUUGAUGAGCCAGUCCAGAGCCCCAAGGAACAACGUCGCAACCGCCCAAUCAUCCGAGCAGGGCAAUUCCCGUCUUCCCAGGCUCUCUCUGCAUAGCCCCCAGCUAUCCCACCCGGCUAGCCUUGAGCAUUCGGACGUGCGUACAAACGAUCAUACUUCCGACACAAUUCAGUCCAACUCUACAGCCGUGCCUGCCCGCCAGAUCCAGCCGUCAGAUGCGGCAAAGAACAUUAUAGUCAGGGCCAUCGGCGUAGCCGAAAGCGACGUUGCACGUUACAAAGGGUUGGGCCGCACGUCCAACGCCGUCGUCGAGCAACUGUUGAUUAACAGUCAGAGUCACAUCUCCCAAAAAAUUGCCGAGGAGUUUGGCAACAAACUUCAAGGUGCGUUCUCGGUACACGAGGAUCGCAUAAUGAAAAGGCUCUUGUCACAUCACACGGGCAUGAGAAACCACCAAAGCAGGGUGGGUAACGAAAUUAAGUCUUUAAUCACUAGCCAGGCCACCAAGAUGACAGCCGAGGUUCACGAACUCGGUCGUAGCGUUCUGUCGCACAGGUUGACUCAACAGUCGAAACUUAUCCCGCCAAAUUCCGGAGUCACUGGAUCCUCGGGAAGAAAGAGGCCCCGAACUUCGAGUCCCCCCAUCAUGGAGGAGAACAUCAACAACUGA